AAUUUAUAAAGGUUGUAAUAUUUAUCAUUAAAUAUGACUUAAACAUGACAAUAAAAUGACGACAUUUUUAUACCGACAAUAUAUCGUCACAAAUAUCACGUUUAUUUAACGUCAUUAUUUAGUCUCUUGACGUCAAAUGACGAGAAGUGACCUUAAAUCGACGUUAUAAUGACGACAUCUUGCUACCUGGGAAGCUGCAGAAACUCCUUAAACAUAUUACAAUUUUACAUUUCAGUUGAUGAAGUUACUAAUAUUAUUGGCAAAGACGGAAUGAAACAGAUUGUCGCAGAAAAUCUCGAAAAUCUAGAUCCAAAUAUACAAACGUCACGAUUAAGACAAUCUUCAAAAAAGAGGAAAACAUGUACUGCAAAAAAGCAAUAGAUAAAAAAUUGACGGACCUAGAAGUGGAGACUCUGAUCCACGCCGUCGAAGCCAGAGUUCCUCUGUGGAAUUUUACAAUCCCGUUGGAAGAAAGAAGUCGAGAGACUGUAGGACGACUAUGGAAUGAAGUGUCCGAGGAGCUAGAUGGCAAACUGAAUGCAGUAGAUGCAAAAAUGAAAUUUAAGAGCUUGCGAGACACCCACCGCAAAAUCAUCCAAAGUGAGCAACAUCGCAGUGGUGCUGCAAGAACUCCACAGAAAGAGAAAUGGAAAUACUAUGACAUAAUGGAAUUUUUGCGAGAUACUUGUUUAAUACGCUCAACUGCAACAAACGUUAGUCGGACUACUUCCAUUACUCACAUGUCGGAUGAAGAUGCCAAUAUUCUUGAACCACCAAGCGAUAUCGACGCAGAUACUGAUGAUAUACUGACGAAUAGCACUUUGAUUACAGAAAAACAGAUCCCUAAAAGGGCCCGUAAGAAUUCCAAUAAAGAUUCUGAGGAAGCGGCAAAGGCUAUAAAUAGGAUUGCAGAUGUGUUGUGCAAUAACGAAUCACCCGUCGUCUUACCUUCUGUUCCGGAAGUAGAUGAGGUCGAAUCAAUGUUGCAUGCAGUAGGGCUACAAUUACGGCGUCUAGAAUAUAAUGACCGAAUGGAAGUACUGAUGAACGUCGUACAAUUUGCUUAUAACCAAAUCAAAGAGUGUUUGUGAAAAAUGCAUUUUCGACAGAAAAAUGUGUUUCUUUGGAAAACUCAUUUCUUGAGACCAAAAAACGUGUUUAUACCGAGAAAAAAAAUCAUAAAAUUAAACAAAAAGGACUGUAGUUUAUCAGAAUGUUCACUAAUUUUACUAUGGAUUUUUUUCGUGUAGGAGAAAGGAAAUAUUGGGGCAGAAAAUACGGAUUAAAAAACACGUUUUAUUAAAAAAAUAUAUAUUUGUGACACAUCAUUUCUUUGCUUGCGGAAAUCUGUUUUCACGAAGAUUUACUUUUUUUAAGAAAACAAAAACUACUUAUUCGAGGAAAAAUGAUUUCGUCAAGUAAAGAAAUGUAUUAUAUUUUGACAAAAAAUUAAUUUGCAAGGAAAUCAAUUGCGAGCAAAAAGAGACGAACCUUUAAAAAAAUGAAAUUUUUCAACCACGAAUUAAAAAUGUGGAAAAAUUGUAGUUUUAAUUCGAUUAUUUCAAAUUCUUGCUGGAAGGAUAUUUGUUCCGUAUAUAAUAUAGCUAAGAAAAUUUCUGAUUCUUCUAAUUUUUUGCAACAUUUUUAAAAAUUAAUCUUUAGAGUGUAUAAAUUUAGAUUAAGAGCAAGAGAAAGGGCGAAUGAAAUAAAUAUAAAAGAUUAUUAUUCAAGUUCAUUGUAUUUUAUUUU